AGCCGUACGUCACGGCAGCUUUUUGAAACGCCUGGCCCUAUCCGCCGAAGAUGUCCCGGUUGAUGAUUGCAGCCUGCGCGGUGGCCCUGGCGGCUCGCUGGGCGCCCAGCUUUGUGCCAGGCCUCGGGCUCCAGACCGUGCAGACGCAGAAGACCUCCUAUGCCGGAAGCACGCAGAGCAUGUCCACUGGAGCCCUUGCAGGGGUGGUGGCCAGCACGGCACUGCUGGGUGCCGGUGCAGCCGUGGCGAAGAGGAGCCUUGUGGCCAGGCGCUCCCACGCAGUGAAGAUCUACGACACCUGCAUCGGCUGCACCUUGUGCGUCCGCGCCUGCCCCACCGACGUGCUCGAGAUGGUGCCGGCCACCGUGAACGCCGCCAAGCAGGUGGCCUCCUCCCCCCGCGUGGAGGACUGCGUGGGCUGCAAGCGCUGUGAAACCGCAUGCCCCACCGACUUCUUGAGCAUUCGCGUGUACUUGCAGGAGUAUGAGGAGACUCAGUACAGCUUGGGCUUGGACUUGGCCGACUGGUCCACCUAAGCGUCUGCGGAAACCAUCGCAGCGCCUUUGGUCGAUUUUUGGAGCCGCAAAAAGACGUCAACGGCGGAAAAGAGCUGAGCUUGAGACCGGCGGAGUAUCUCGUUGGGGCCUACAUGGUAGUCAAUAGGAGAAGGAUCGUUCGGGUGUCCCUAAAAAAUUGGGACCCUUUUCCUUUGUGGACACAGAAAAAAGCAAAGCAAGUCCAGCC